AUGCCGCGCUGGCUAGGUGGCUCCGCGCUGCCCACGGCGGCGUGCCAAGAGGGGGAGCGGCGCCGGCACUACGAGACCCUUUUCCAGAGGCUGGACAGGAACGGCGAUGGUGUGGUGGACAUCCACGAGCUGCAUGCGGAGCUGGAGAAGCUGCGCGUGCCCCUGGGACAGGAGGCCGAGCAGACACUUUUUAAUACUGGUGAUAUCAACAAAGAUGGGAAGCUGAGUUUUGAAGAAUUUGUGAAGUACCUCAAAGAUCAUGAGAUAAAAAUGAAAUUGGCAUUUAAUACUUUGGACAAAAAUAGUGAUGGAAAAAUUGAUGCUUCAGAAAUUGUCCAGUCUCUCAAAAUACUAGGUCUAACUAUUUCAGAAGAGCAAGCAAAGUUAAUUCUUAAAAGCAUUGAUUCUGAUGGGACAAUGUCAAUAGACUGGGAUGAAUGGAUGGAUUACUUCUUAUUUAACCCUGUUUCAGACAUAGAGGGAAUCGUACAUUUUUGGAAACAUUCUACAGGUAUUGACAUCGGAGAAAGUUAUGCUAUUCCAGAUGAAUUCACUGAAGAUGAAAAGAAGUCAGGACAAUGGUGGAGGCAGCUUCUGGCAGGAGGUGUGGCUGGCGCUGUUUCUAGAACAUCCACUGCCCCUUUGGAUCGGCUCAAAGUCAUGAUGCAGGUCCAUGGUUCAAAGUCACAGAAAAUGAAUGUAUAUGAUGGCUUUCGACAGAUGGUGAGAGAAGGAGGUUUCCUUUCCCUUUGGAGAGGAAAUGGUACGAAUGUCCUUAAAAUUGCUCCUGAGACAGCUGUUAAGUUCUGGGCAUAUGAACAGUACAAGAAGUUGCUUACAGAGGAAGGACAGAAAAUAGGAACCUUUGAGAGAUUUGUUUCAGGUUCCAUGGCUGGAGCAACAGCACAGACUUUUAUUUAUCCUUUGGAGGUUAUGAAAACAAGACUGGCUGUAAGCAAAACUGGACAAUACUCUGGAAUAUUUGAUUGUGCCAAGAAGACUUUGAAGCGUGAAGGCAUAGGAGCUUUUUAUAAAGGUUAUGUCCCCAAUUUAUUAGGCAUCAUACCUUAUGCAGGUAUAGAUCUUACUGUCUAUGAGCUCUUGAAGACCCAUUGGCUUGAUAACUUUGCCAAAGACUCCGUAAACCCUGGGGUGGUGGUGUUGCUGGGGUGUGGGGCCUUAUCGAGCACCUGUGGGCAGCUGGCCAGCUACCCAUUGUCUUUGGUGAGAACUCGCAUGCAGGCUCAAGCUAUGGUGGAAGGAGCCCCUCAGCUGAACAUGGUUGGCCUCUUUCGACGGAUAGUUUCCAAAGAAGGAGUAGCAGGCCUUUACCGUGGCAUCGCCCCAAACUUCAUGAAGGUGCUUCCUGCUGUAGGCAUCAGUUAUGUGGUUUAUGAAAAUAUGAAACAGACUUUAGGAGUGACCCAGAAAUGACAUGUUGAAUAUUUUUCUUUCAAAUAACUAUUGAAAUUUUCAAUAAAAUCUAAAGCGACAGAAUUGCAGCAAGUCUACAACACAGAAUCA